AUGGACCACGACAGGUUGAAUUCGCCGAGCACGUCGGCUAUUUCGCUGGAGGUGAUGGGCCACCGGCUACAUAUUUCACAGGAUCCAAACUCCAAGCACCUUGGGACCACAGUCUGGGAUGCAUCAAUGGUGUUUGUCAAGUUCUUGGAAAAGAAUAGCAGAAAAGGUCGGUUUUGUCCAUCCAAGUUAAAAGGAAAGAGAGUGAUUGAAUUAGGAGCUGGCUGUGGUCUAGCUGGGUUUGAUUCCAUCGGCUCAAUUACAGUUGCAGAAUUGGAUUGGGGGAACAAAGAACAUAUCAAGGCCGUUGAACCUCCAUUUGAUUACAUCAUUGGAACUGACGUUGUUUAUUCAGAGCAUCUGUUGCAACCUCUAAUGGAGACAAUUACUGCAUUAUCUGGUCCCAAAACAAAAAUAUUGCUAGGAUACGAGGUCCGUUCGACCACAGUCCACGAGAAGAUGAUGGAAAUGUGGAAAAGCAAUUUCAUUGUGAAAACAGUCUCUAAAUCAAAGAUGGAUGUGAAAUAUCAACAUCCUAGCAUACAUCUCUACAUGAUGGACCUGAAAGCACCAUUGAUCCCGGAGGUUGAGGCUACCGAUAAUGGGAACGACGAGGAAGAGGUUGUUUCGAAUCCAGGGGAAGACGAAGAUCCUGGAGUGAAGAGCGACUCUUGUUCCGGCUCGUCACCAGAGGCUAAGAGCGGCGGUCUGGAUGAUUGGGAAAUCAGAAGGUGUGGGGCUAUGGCUGCAAGGCUUCUGAAGGAUGUGAAACUGUAA